AUGAAAGCAGGACUCGCAUUCCUAUCUUGCACAAUCUCUUCUUCUUCAACGAAUCUCACUGCCCUGCAACUGCAAUCCUCUGUUUCGCUCUCCAUCUUGCGCCGUAAACCAUCACUGCUCUUCGAUCGUUUAUCUCUUCUCAUCCCCCUACGUACAAGCAGUCACGCCAACAAAUAUUAUCUUCCAAAGCUCUACAAAUCAACCCGUGCAAUACUCACUGCCUCCGCAUCAUCAAUGUCUUCUUCUUUCAAGCCUGAGCAAGCUAGGGUUCCACCCGCACUCCAAUUGCCCACUCCACCAUUUAAGAUUGGACUGUGCCAAUUGUCGGUGACUGCGGACAAGGAGAGGAACAUAGCUCAUGCUCGAAAAGCCAUCGAGGAAGCUGCUCAAAAGGGUGCCCAGCUUGUUCUCUUGCCUGAAAUUUGGAACAGUCCAUAUUCAAAUGAUAGCUUCCCGGUUUAUGCUGAGAACAUUGAUGCUGGUGUUGAUGCAUCUCCUUCGACUGCUAUGCUCUCUGAAGUUGCUCGAACUCUGAAGAUCACAAUAGUAGGUGGCUCUAUUCCUGAACGAUCUGGGGAUAAGUUGUUCAAUACCUGCUGCGUCUUUGAUGCUGAUGGAAAGCUGAAAGCUAAACACAGGAAGAUCCACCUUUUUGAUAUCAAUAUUCCUGGGAAGAUUACCUUUAUGGAAUCGAAGACUCUUACAGCUGGUUUAACUCCUACCAUUGUGGACACAGCUGUUACAGAAUAUCAACUACUUCUAGAGGCCAACAUAAAUUCCAGUGAUGCUUUUCUCCUCUCCAAGCCUGCCCUCUUCCUCUUCUUUUGGGAUCCAAUUGCCCUUGGUUUUGACUUGUUGCGAAUAUUGUUCUUUUAA